AUGCAGGAGUUCAUAAUCCGGUCUGUUACUGACUCUGACAGUGGUGACUACACCUGCAGAGGACAGAGCAGUUACUUUCAGAGCUCAGAGUUCAGUGAUGCUGCUACACUGACUGUAUCAGGACACCUUCAUCAUUUCAUACCAACAGCAAAACCCAAACCGACUGUGAGAGUGAAUCCUCAGAGCUCCGUCUACACUGGAGACACCAUCACUCUGAGCUGUGAGCUGCAGCAGUCGACUGGAUGGGAGUUUCUCUGGUACAAAACUAAUCAACACUUACAGCUUCUGAACAGUGAACAAGCACACACACAAGUGACAGUUGAUCAUGCAGGAGAAACAGUGUACCAGUGUCAGCCACGCAGGAGAAACUACAACUACUACUACACAGAGCUCAGUGAUUCUAUCAGGAUUACAGCGAAAGCAAGACCUAAACCAGUGGCAUCUAUAAAUCCUGAUAAACAGGUGUUCAGUGGAGACGCCGUCACUCUGAGAUGUCACAUACAGGAUGAAAGUGUCUCUAGCUGGCAGUACACCUGGUAUAAAGAUGCUUCACACAGUCCUGUCAGUAGUGAACAGGUGUACAGGAUCAGUGGUGUUGAAGUGACCCACACAGGUAAAUACACCUGUAGAGGAGCAGAGAGAGGAGGCUCACGCUCCUCACACUUCAGUGAUGCUGUUACACUGACUGUAUCAGAGAGACCACGGGCAGUACUGAGUGUAUCUCCACAAAGCUGGCUGACUGAAGGAGACUCAGUGACUCUAAGCUGUGAGGUUACAGACUCCUCUACAGACUGGACAUUCAGCUGGUACACAGCUGUUCCCUACAGAGACGGCUUAACUCAAAUAAAACAUAAUCGUGGCUAUAGCAUGUAUGUGGAGCUCCUCUCAGACAGCAGCAGAGGAUCUGGAGGCAACUACACUCUCAGUCCUGCUGCUCUUCAUCACACAGGAGUUUAUAUGUGCAGAGGAGAGAGAGGAGAACCAGCCGUUCACACACAGUACAGCAAUCCACAGCCACUAUGGAUCACUGGAGAAUCUCCUCCAGUCUCUCUGAUCAUCAAUCUGAGCAGAACUCAACACUUUACUAAUGACUCUCUCUCACUGAGCUGUGAGGACCAGAGUAACUCUACUGGAUGGACAGUGAGACGAUACACACACAGUGAGGGAGUGUUAGAUUGUUCAUGGUGGGGAUCAGUUACAGGAUCUACAUGUAAAAUCAGCUUCCUCUCCACAUUACACACUGGAGUUUACUGGUGUGAGUCUGAAUCUGGAGAAAACAGUAAUCCUGUCAACAUCACAGUGCAUGAUGGUGAUGUGAUCCUGGAGAGUCCUGUCCAUCCUGUGACUGAGGGACAUCCUCUGACUCUACGCUGUUUAUAUCGCAACACAAAUUCCUCAAACCUCCCAGCUGAUUUCUAUAAAGAUGGAUCAGUUCUCCAGACACAGACUACAAGAGAGAUGAUCAUCCGAACUGUCUCAAAGUCAGAUGAAGGUUUCUACCACUGUAAACACCCAGAGAGAGGAGAGUCACUGAAAAGCUGGCUCUCAGUCAGACAAGCUCCAUUCUCAGUGCUCAUGCUGAUCAGUAGUGUAGUGACGGCCUCUCCGUAUCUGCUGGUGACCAUCAUUCUGCUGGUCAAAUGUUACAGAGCUCGAGCCCAUUGUGACGGCGGACCGACAGCCCGCGCACGUAAAACAUCAAACGCUCCUCGCGCGACUGACGGCGUGCUGCUGAAAAGUCAGCGUCCUUUCAGCACCGCGUUUGUGUUGGACAGCCGGAGUGCGCGUGGCUGUGGGGCGGAGCGACCUAACUCAGCACGGCUGGCGGCCAAUGAGUGGCGCGGCUCCUCUUCACCCUCCCGGAGAAGACGAGGAGCUAUAAAAGGAGCUCGCGGCCACUCUAGUGGGGGAGAGAUAUAG